AUGAAUAAAGAAGCAUUGCUCUCCGUCACUGAGCGCGACUUCAUCCUCAAUGCGCUGCGCGAGGAUGUGCGACUUGACGGUCGCGGUUUCGACCAGCUGCGUCCGCUGAACGUGUCGUUCGGGGAGGAGUAUGGACAUGUGAAGGUGCAGCUCGGCAAAACCAGCCUUAUUGUUCGUAUCUCUGCUGAAGUCACAAAACCUCACGAUGAUCGUCCGUUUGACGGUCUUUUCACAAUCGCCAUGGAGCUAACUGCCAUGGGCUCUCCCGCUUGGGACAAUGGCCGACAAGGAGACUUUGAAACAUAUGUCACCAAUGUCCUCGACCGUGUCGUUCGCCAUUCCAACGCCCUGGACACCGAGUCCCUCUGUAUCCUCAAGGGUGUCAGCUGCUGGAGCAUCCGCGCGGACGUCCACGUUACAGACUACGAUGGCAAUCUGAUUGAUGCGGCUUGUAUUGGUAUCAUGGCUGGACUGCAGCAUUUCCGCCGUCAAGACGCUGUAGUCAAGGAUGGCCAGGUGAUCGUCUACGGGCUCGAUGAGCGUGUUCCUGUCGCAUUGAACAUCACGCACAAGCCGCUUUCUGUCACUUUCCACACAUUCGAUGAAGGAAAACGGGUCAUCAUUGAUGCAACUCGGAAGGAGGAGCAAGCAGCGGAAGCUGAUGUCGUGAUCGGUAUCAACAAUGCGGGUGAUGUGUGCUUCGUCUCCAAGUUCUCUGGUUCUCCAGUGGAUGCGAUGGUCUUUGUGGAUAAGACCUCUGUUGCUUUGGAAAAGGUCAAGGAGAUCAAUGCAACAAUCGAUAAGGCGUUACAAGCUGAUCUUUCGAAACGAGCGAAGAUCGGUAUGGCCGAGGAGUCGCGGGCGGAAAAUGAUCGGUAA